UUGUGGCUCGGAGGAGACGGCGGCGGUUCACUGUCGUCACACCGGGAUUCGAACCUGCGCAGGACCGUUUCUCCGCACCGAAGUGCCUUUUGAUCCGCGGACAUGGGACACGGAGACCUGAUGAGCCGGGCGGAGGACGUGGCGGACCAGUUCCUGCGGGUGACCAAGCACGGCCUCCCCCACGCGGCCCGGCUCUGCCUGGUCAGCACCUUCCUGGAGGACGCGGUCCGGAUGUGGUUCCAGUGGUCGGACCAGAGCGAGUACAUGGAGUCCACCUGGAGCUGCGGGACGGUUCUGGCCAACGUCUUCGUCCUCAUCAACCUGCUGGGGCAGCUGGGCAGCUGUGUGUUGGUCCUCAGCAGGAACUUGGUUCAGCCCGCCUGCUGCGCUCUGUUCGGGAUCCUCUCUCUGCAGAUGGUGGCCUACAGCCUCCUGUGGGAUCUCAAGUUCCUCAUGAGGAACCUGGCGCUGGGUGGUGGCCUGCUCCUCCUCCUCGCUGAGUGCAGAGAGGAAGCUCGCAGCGUCUUCGCCGGCGUUCCUUCUGUCACUCGGCGGCAGUCACCGAAACAUCUGCUGCAGCUGGGAGGAAGAGUCCUCCUCAUCCUCAUGUUCAUGACGCUGCUGCACCUGGACCUGAGCGCGCUCAGUGUUCUGUUGGACCUGGUGGGCCUGGCGCUCGUGCUGCUGGUGGCGGUGGGCUUCAAGACGAAGCUGGCGGCGCUGACGCUGGUCGCCUGGCUGCUCUGCAUCAACGUCACCUUCAACGCCUUCUGGAACGUCCCCGCCCACUCGCCCCUCCACGACUUCCUGAAGUACGACUUCUUCCAGACCACCUCGGUGAUCGGGGGGCUGCUGCUGGUGGUGGCCCUGGGGCCCGGGGGGGUCUCAGUGGACGAGAAGAAGAAGGAGUGGUGAGGAAGAGGAGUGAAGGCUGCAGAUUCACAUUUCUGUCUGUCCGAGCUGCAACCAUACGGUGGCUCUGAACGGCCAAAAAUCUUCCAACUGAAGCAAA